CCGUGUCUCAGAACGAGCAUCGGGGUAAUUACGCGGCAUCCAAAUAAAGAGAAUGAGCUAGCCACUUCUCCCUCUCCGUCAGUUUUCUCUGCUUAUCUCUCAGCGUCGUCAGAUUCAAUAUGGAUAACCACGAAAAGACCGUCGACUCGUCGUCGCAGAGCGAAAAGGACACUUUACCAAAAGCGACUCGCCCUCCACCAAUUCUAUGCCUCGGCGCUCCCCGCAAUGGCUCAGCAUCACUUAUGAAAGCGCUGCAAAUCCUUGGCUAUCCCAACGUACAUCACGGCUGGGACGCAGCUGAGCGUGAAGAACUCCAAUGGCAAUGGCCCAUCUUCGACAGAGCGUGCGACGCGACAUUCACCGUCCUCCCGACAUACCGCGGUAAACCUUUCUCCCGUGAGGAAUGGAAUGAAGUGUUUGGAAAAUACGAUGCUGUUUCGGAUGUCGCUUCUUACUUCGCUGAGUCGCUCAUCCCAGCUUAUCCCGACGCCAAAGUCAUUCUCGUCGAGCGCGAUGUCGAGAAGUGGUAUCCGAGCAUGGUUGCCGUGGUCAAGAACUCAACGAGUCCCUUUUUACGAAAACUUGGAGUAAAGCUGGGUGAUCUUUCAGGGUUUACGAGUCCGAGGCCGUGCAAUAAGAUUCACCAGGGCUGGACGAGAGCGCCUUCUGCAAAUGACGUUAUCGAAUACCUCAAGCCCGCGUAUGCUCGGCAUAACAAGUACAUCAGAGAUACCGUACCUAAGGACCAGCUCUUGGAUCUCAAGCUUGCGGAUGGUUGGGAGCCGUUGUGCCAGUUUCUGGGAAAGGAAGUUCCCGAUGUGCCGUUUCCGCAUGUCAAUGAUUCGAAGGAGUAUGCGGAGAGGUCUAAUAGGCUGGCGAAGAAGAUGUUCAAGCUUGCUGCGAGGAACUUUAUCUUUCCUUGCUUGCGUCCUGAGCCUGGCACUAAGCCUUAAGGGGGUACCUGCGGAGAGAAAGGGUACACAGAGAAAAAUGGGUUUCUUGGCCACAUGGGAAUGAUUUGAUUCUGUAUAUCAUCUGAUAUAAAACGCUGCUUAGAUUUCUCAGUUUAGACAAGCGCGCUGUUUCUAAUACCUAGCUCGGAUAGCGUGUUUUCCAUUCAAUAUCCGUAUUUGGCAAUAUCGAUAAUCCACCUUUUGUACCUAU